UCCUAUCGUCAUGUGCUUAUUAAACAUCGAAUAAAUCGAAAUGGACGCCUUCUAUUUAAGCAACAGUUGAGUGGUAGACGUUUGAUUCGCAUUGUGUUUAGUAUUGUUCCGCCACAUUUUUCAAGAUGUACGGGAUGUUUCGGUUCCUACUUGCGGUCUAUGUAGUGUUCACCGGAAGCAUAGUUCGUCCUAUUGAAAGCAAAAAAAUGUUUGGUGAAUUUUACUUCGAAAUCAUCGUAUCAAAACUCGAUGGCAUAAGUAGCUCAAUGGAGCGAUUACAAACUGAGGUGCAAAGGCAACAAGAAGAAAUUAUGAAAACCCGUGAUGAGUGUUUGAAGUGGCAAACAGAGAUCAUGUCCACGAUCGCUUCAAAGCAGGCUUAUGAGGAAGAGAUCUUGACCAAUUUGUCGUUGAAGCUUACGGAGUUGUCCAAACAACAAAGUGAUAUCGCCAUACGCGAUAAUCGAGAAGGAAAGUAUCUGGAACUUAUGGCACGCAUGCAGUUUGGAUCAUUUCGAUCAUGCAAAGAUAUACCGGUGAAGGUAUCUGGAGUUUUCAACUUCCGUGCGAAGGAUACAUUACCCUCUUUCCGUGCCUUUUGUGAGCAAGAUAAACAUGGAGGCGGUUGGAUGAUCAUUCAUCAUCGUUACGAUGGCUCACUCAACAUGGAUCGAAAUUGGAAUGACUAUAGGAAUGGAUUUGGUACGGUUGGAGAAGAAGUCUGGAUCGGCUUAGAACGUAUUCAUCAAAUGACGACUGCGCAGGAUCAUGAGCUUCUGGUAGAAAUGAUCGACUUCGAUGGGCAGUACAAAUACGCUCGCUAUGACGCGUUUGUGAUCGGCAGUGAAUCCGAAGGUUAUAGUCUUAAGGUGUUGGGCGGUCAUACUGGCACUGUGGGCGAUUCUUUGAAACAGCACGUUGGAAUGAAAUUUACGACGAAGGAUCGCAAAAACGAUAAGAGCAAUCAUAAUUGUGCAAGAAGGUGGACAGGAGGCUGGUGGUUUCAUAACUGCUAUACUGCACAUCUUAACGGCCCGUAUUUAGACAACGAUCAGGUUGAAAAUUCUAAAAUGGAAUGGUAUCAUUUCAAAAACGGUUGGAAUGGAUUGAGUUACGCGAGAAUGAUGAUACGUCCAUUGAUAUGAACAAUGGAAAGAGCGUUAUUAUUCAAGCGACUGGAACUGACCUUUUUCAACAAUGCCUGACUCAGUAACACCGAUGGGAUUGCCAGAGAUCUUGUGAAAACACACAAUCAUAAGCGCCAUAUCAUGCUGUAGCUCAUAUCACUAUGUUUUGCUGCAGCCUGAACCGAAAUCAUCUCAAGAUAGCUCCACAAUCAUCUGAGACAUUUUUAGAAUUGGGACCCUAGCAGAGAGUAACAUUCAGAGCGUUCUUUCUCAAAAUCUUAUCAACAAGAGCUGAUUAAACGUCUGAAUAAACCGUAAAGAGGCCUUCGUUGCCGUUUGACCAACAGUUGACUAGUAGACUGUGCGCAGCAUCGUCUUGUUUCGUAUUGUGCUUAGUUUUUCUUCAAAAUGUACCGAAUGUUUCGGUUUCUACUUGUGGUCUAUGUAUUGUCAACCGAAAGCAUAGUUCGAUCUUCUGAAAGCAAAUCCCAAAAAAACUAUUGUGAGAGAAUCUUGGAAAAUUCCGAAGAGAUGAGACACCUGACGGAGAGAUUAAGCAUUAUGGUGCAAAAGCAACAAGAAGAGCUACUGCAAAUCCAAUACGAUUGUUCAAAGUGCCAAAACGAGGACGUAAAUGUGACUACAUCAUCAACUCUCACCGGUGACGAACAAAUCUUGUGUAAAUUGUUGCUGAAGCUUACGGAGUUGUCCAAACAACAAAGCGAUAUCGCCAUACGAGACCAUCGAGAGGGAAAGCAACUGGAACUUAUGGCGCGCAUGCAAUUUGGAUCAUUUCGAUCAUGCAAAGAUAUACCGGUGAAGGUAUCUGGAAUUUUCAACUUCCGUGCGAAGGAUACAUUACCUUCUUUCCGUGCUUUUUGUGAACAAGAUAAACAUGGAGGCGGUUGGAUGAUCAUUCAUCAUCGUUACGAUGGCUCACUCAACAUGGAUCGCAAUUGGAACGACUAUAGGAAUGGAUUUGGUACGGUUGGAGAAGAAGUCUGGAUCGGCUUAGAACGUAUUCAUCAAAUGACGACUGCGCAGGAUCAUGAGCUUCUGGUAGAAAUGAUCGAUUUCGAUGG